CUGUGAUCAUUUUUUGUGGAAUCGCAUAGCAAAAGGAAUUGAGUCUUCUACUUCAUUUACCCUUCACAAAAGAUGGACACCUACCUGCUCAUUAUCCUGUACCUCUCAUGUGUCCUAGGUAAGAACCUGCUUUCUAUCUAGGAUCUCAAAGAUUUAGACAGUAUGCACGAGUUUAGGCAAAUAGUGGGACUAUUAGUGCCAAAGGGAAGUAAAGGAUACAUCGUAACUCAUAAAGGGGAUCUUUCUAACUCAAGAUAAAAGGACUGGUUCUUAGGGAUAGGCAUGUACAAGAAGUAUGCUCGGUGUGCCUGGGAACAACUUUUUGGAGGCUUUAAAUGCCCCCAUUUAAAGUCUCACCUGAUCCUAUGUGCCAAACUGAAAAAAAUCCUUAGUUUGACAAAGAUAAAGAUUGCCAUCUUUCUAAAACCGUGGUUUUCACUAGAUCAAUUUAUUUCUUAAAAACCUUUUAAAUAACAUUAAACGUGUUCAGUUGGUAAUAUUUAAAAAGUAGUUUAGGUAAGUUUUAGCUUAUUUGAGGAAUAAAAAAGAAUAGAAUAUGACCCUUAUGAUAGUUGGGUAUUCAAUAGACCAUAUUUUUACUAAAAUAAAUCUCAGAUGCACAUCAUCUUAUUUCUUCUUGUGGGUAGCAAGUGGAUAUUUUGAGACUUAUCAUCUUGACUAGAUAGUUUAUAUGCAAAUGCUUUUAUGUAUAAUACCAUGGUACAUUUCCUAAUAGUGUAUAAACAAUUUAUUUUUGAUGUUUAAAGCAAUUGUGCUGUUUAUAUUUGAUGUGUUUUGUUGUUUUUUCCUGCUGUGCAUGGCUUAUCAUGAAAAACAUAGGUAAGAUAUUUUAGGUGAUUCUCUAAUAGAUGCAUGUUACAUACUUGCUUUUCAGGUGCCUGGAAUUACUGGAACUGAGUCUAUCCUGCUUUUUUGAUAAUUAUUUUAUAGUUUCUUUGUUUAUUUAAAUCACUUUCUUAUUACUUUUUUAUUUCAAAAUGUCACCUGCAUUGUCUAAAACAUAUUUGUGUGCUCCUCAGGUAUGUCUUUUGCAAGCAAUCUUACUGUAUUAUCCGGUCACCUUGGGGACACCUUCAGUAUUGGCUGCCCCUACAGUGACCGCCGUGACCGCUGGAGAAAAAAGCUAUGGUGUAAGGAAGAUAAAUUUGGACAGUGCCAGGAUGUUGUUGUUACGCACAGCAUCUGGCCACCUUAUGAAAAAAAUGGAAAUAACUUCACUAAUAUCUUAGACAAUACACGUGCUGGCAUUGUCACGGUGAACAUAACACUGGUGCAGAAGGAAGAUGAGGGCAUCUACCAAUGCCAGACUCGAUCUUUCACUGAAACAAAAGUUCGUGUAUUACAGAGGGUUCUGGUGAAGGUCUUGGAAGAUCCCAAAUCAAGUAUUUCUGAUUUGAUAGAUUAUAGCACCUCUAGGUAAGCUAAAUGAUACAGAAAUGUUUAAUUAUACAUGUGUUUUAUAUUGUGCGUCAUCCAAUUCUGUGUCACCUACAUGGGACCUUUUAUGUCUAAGACACUCUAUAUUUAGUAACACAAUGUGUGUGUUGAGUUUGUUUUGUAAGCAAAUAUGGAUGUGACUCUUAUUACAUAUGGUUAAUGUUUAAUAGGAUUCCUGUGGGAUCACAGGUUGCAAUGACGUGGGCCAUUAUAGGGAGCGGUCUCCUGAUGUUUAAACUGUUGGUAAUGGGACUGAUGUGGUAUUGGUGGAGAAGCCAACAAAACCUGAGGUGAGUAAAGGGAUUUAAAUGUGGUAAUGGGGAAAGGAUGUGAUGCAAUAUCCCCUGUGUAGGAGUUAGCUGCAAAUUUGUAUUUGGGAGCGCAACACAAAAACAGAAGUCAAGGACUAUAAAAGUUUGAUAUGUGUUGCAACAUAUACUCUAUAAACAUAGAUUUAAAUUUCUGAAUGUAUAUCUUGUUUUCUGUCAACAUUCCCUACAUGCUCGCAGGGGGCAAAUUUAAUAGCACAGAUAUCUGCAGUUUAGAACGGUUGGUAUAAACUGGCUUUAUGCAUCACUAGAUACCGCUCUGCACAUGGGAACUCAAUGCAUGCAGCUCAUUGGCAGAGCACUUCCGAUUCUCUCUGUGUGUGGGAAGACCUUUGUGUGGUUAGCCAAGGAAGCUGUCAAUCAACUUGGCAUGGCCCUAUUACAGGUGGCAAAUCAGUAGCCCACCCCUUUUGACCUGCCACCCACAUACAAAAUUUGUAACUUAAAAUAUUGGAAGGUAUGGCCUUGAUCAUGAACAAGCAUGUGCCUUUUGGACUGCUGUUGAAGAUUUGUGUAGUUCACAUUUGAAAUAUCUACCAUAUCUUUUAGGACAAGAACAUAUUUUUCUAUUUCAGUUGGAUAAAUAUUCUUGUAACUUGCAUUGUGCUGUUGUGAAUCAUGGGUCUAGGAUGUUUCUACACCCUAAGCACAAAUGUAUUUUCCUUCCUGUUUGUUGUGUUGCAGAUAGUGGAUAAUGUGAAAUCACGUCAUAUCCCACAGCUCAAAAUUUCCACAAGUCAUUAGUGAAUGAAAAAUCCAGUCCCGAACAGUGUUCAUGGAUUCACCAUUGCUCUUAAUGUUGUUUAAAAAGCAGCAUCUUCUUAUAACAGUGACCACUAAGAUUUUAGGGGAAAGAGCUCACAAUCAAUUUAACCUUGAGUGUGACUAUCAUAGUAUUGUGUAUCCCCUGUUUUCUGAUGUUUCUCAAGUGUCCAACAGUAUUCUUGUCUUCAUGUAUCUAUCCUUGUUUCCUCUCAGAGUGGGACCUGAAUCACCACUAACAUCUGCAAUUGAAGAAUCAGUUCCUGAUGAAGAAAUGAAUGUGUAUGUUUUUGAUGAGGAACGCUAUGUAUAUGCAGCCGAGGUACUCAGUAUUACCCCUCUGUACACCAACUAUGCGCCCAUGAAAGAACAUCUCAACAAGGCUUAUUGUCAGAGAUAACAUCCAGUGUGGUAUCAAGCCAAGAUAUUACAGACAAUUGGAAAGAAUUCAAUGAUGUUAAAAAAUCAGCCGUUAUUGACCAAUUAAUUGUUGUACGUUAUAUCUACCUGCAUGGAAUUUAUCUGCAUGGAAUUUAUCUGAACAGUUGUAUUAAUCAUGUGAUGUAGAUACAAAACAAUAGAGUAUCAUGCAAUAUAUUUUUGGGGGGCUAAAUGAGCAUUUUGUUAGGAUAUUUCUGUUAUAAAACUGUGCUAUUGGACUAUUUUGCAUUUUAACAUGCAUCAGUACAGGAUACUGUCCAUUAGAGACAGAGAGGACUAGCAUUAUUAAAUAGUACAGGUUCCUAUUAUUAUUUAAUAGUACAUAAUUGUUAACUGAUACAUGUAUGAUAAGCAUUAACCAAAUCAAUGGUACCCAUGUUAUCAACCUUGUAGAGAUGACAAGUUGAGUUUUCCCUCAUGGCAAUUAGAAGUAUAUGAACAAAUAUGAACAAAUACUAAAUUAAAACUAUAACCUUGAAGUCUCAAUAAGUACAGCAGUCAAUUACUUAAUAAAGUGACAAUUGUGGAAAACUGGCAAUGGAAUUUUAAAUUGUAGCCUAAAAUAGCAUUCAACAUCUCAGUGAUUUCUGACUAUAUUGGCCCAAAAGUUUAAACGUUCAUGUCAUUUCUUCACAAUUCCUAGCGACACGAUAUAAAAACAAACUAACUGAAUAUAUCUCCUUAAACAAAGUAUUACAAAAUAAGGGGCUAUUAUACGGGUACCUGUGCAAACAUGGUAUCUGAGAAUAAGCACAUAUGUUAUGAAAUAUUUCACUUGCUGCUAAAUGGGUGUCUGGUUGCUCAGAAACCAUCUCCUUAAUUUCCAGUGAGAUUUCACUGAAAAUAUGCAAAUAGCCAGCUGACCACUAUUAUGCAAUGUGGUCUCUGUCUCUCACAAGCCCUUCCUUGGUAACAACUAUUGGGGUUACCACUGUCUAACCACAUUCUCUUCAGUUCCCUUCUCUUCAGAAUUAUCUAUCUUCUACUGGAUUGGCACAUUUUUCCCCUUAGCAGUAACUUUAUCUUUGCUUAUAUCUCUGCUUCCUGCAAUAUCCUGAAUACUUUCUACUGAUUCCAUUCCAAAAUAAAGAAUUAAAAAACUUUUGUUGGAUUUUUCUUCAAUUUUAUUAUAAUAUUUAAGUCAGUUCCAUGUGUUGUACACUAGUUCAGGGUUACAAACAAAU